AUGAAGGAGAUGGAGGAGGACAAAGAGGAUGAUCAGCUAGGAAAAGAGGAGAGAAGAGAAAGUGGCGACCCAGAAUCCUUUGCAGCAGUGUCAACCGACAUCUCUGGGGUCAAUAUAUACCUGUGUACGUCAACAGACCCUUCAGGGCCAGCACAGCCUGUCUCCCGACUGUCCCACGGCUGGUCUCACCUGCAGCUGCAGUUCAGCACAGACACUGCCUCCAACAGGCCCUGUGAGCCACACUGCUCAGGAGAGGGAAAGGGAGCUGGUGCACAUGGGCAUCACAUGAACCACCUUUUUGGGGGAGCGUUUCCAGACGUGGCUCCUCGGGCUCCGGAACUGUCUGCAAACCCCCACAGGCCCAGCUACCUCCCCGGGGAAUCCCUGAACCUCACCUGCUCCAUGACCGGAGGGGACCAGGUGGUGAAAUUCCAGCUGUGGAAGGACGGGGCGGCACAGCCCCCCAUGGACAGCCACGGGCAGCGGGUUCACAGCUUCCCUCUGGCACAGCUCGGGGUGCAGGACUCCGGGACGUACACCUGUGUGUACUGGGUACGGCGAUCCAAGGGACAGGGGCAAUCCUGGAAGAGUAACCCCGUCUCCGUCUCUGUCUAUGACCAUCCUGCAGCACCGGCCCUGUCUGUGAGGCCUCGGUGCCCCGUGUACCUCCCUGGAGAAGCUGUUACCCUCCAGUGCAUGGCUCCCCCUGGAGCUCAUCCAGUUACAAGAUUCCAGAUCUCCAGGGUUGGUGGAAGGAACCUCUCAUGUGGAAGCAGUGACAUCCACACGCUGAGCAUCAUGAGGCUGGGAGAUGCUGGGUCCUUCACCUGCCUGUACUGGAUAUGCCUAUCCAGACGGUGUAUCCAGUCCUGGGAGAGCUGCCUCAUCUCCAUCAAUGUAACAGAUCCACCUUCCCGGCCAGCGCUGAGCGUAGAUCCCCCAUCGGGAGUGGUGAGCGAAGGGCUCCCGCUGCUCAUCAGCUGCACGGCCCCCAGUGACGCCAGCGAUCGGAGGUUUCACUUCUACAAGGAUGGAGACGAGCUCGUUCCUGGGGACGUUGGGUCUGAGAUCAGCACCACAGAGCCCAGCACCGGCUCUAUGAACGUCUCUGUGCUCAGCAUCCCACGGGCCGGUCCCAACAACACUGGGGAAUUCACCUGUGGGUACGAGGAGAACGUGAGCGGGAGGUGGAUCCCGUCCCCCAGAAGCCAAGCUGUGACCGUGAACAUCACAGCGACAGCCUGGGCCCAAUCUAGAAACUUCCUGCCGGCAUGUGGGAUCCUCAUGGUUCCGGGCAUGGCUCUGGCUGCCCUCGUGUGCUACUGCAGAAGGAACAAGAGAGUUCCGGAGCCUUCGCAAUAUCUGAGGGGAUCUGAGCCCGGGGAAGGCGAUGGGGAACUGGACUCCAGGAGGUGCUAUGAGGAAUUGAAACCCAGCAGUGUCAGAGUGGAGCUACCAGAAGAGGGCUCCGAUGUGUACACACUCCUGACCUUCCCCUCCUCUGCAACGCCCUGAGCACCGGGGAUGGCGACUAGAGCAUUGGGAACGGAGGGGGUGCUGCACUGCGAGGGGCUGCCCCGGCACAUCCAGGGAGCCACUCGGUGAGGGGCAUGGAGGGAACCCAGAAAUCCAAAUCAGGGGCCCUUUAACAUUCAGGGCUCAGACACCCCAGCCUGGCCGCCUCUCCCUGUGGCCGAUCAUCCAACUGCCCUCAUACACACACGGACAGGGUCCCAUCUUCUCCAGCAGGGGGCAGCAGGGACACACACACACACACACACACACACACACACAAGGUCCCAUCUCCUCCAGCAGGGGGAAGAAUUGACACACACACACGCACACAGAGAAGGUCCCAUCCCCUCUAGAAGGGGGUGAGAGGGACAUAUACACACACACACACACAGAGUUCC